GCUCUAUCUCUCCGAAGGCGUAUAAGAACUUGUUCUUUGUCUCAGGAAAAUAAAAAUAAAAAUAAUAGGAACUGUGAUUCAUCAUCCUCUUCUCACCAUAGCCUGGCUGCUGCGAGCGUCACCAAAGACUUCGAUUCGAAGAUUCCGAUAACCGAAAAAAAAAAAAGAAGCAGCCUCCUCAGAUUCUGGAAGUUGCAUUUCAUUUUAACAAUUUGGCCCUGGUGGGCGAGGCGGCGACCAUGUCAAAAGUUGUUCAUCUUCUCUUGUUAAUGUUCGCUUCUUUUUUCCUGUUAAAUCCGAUAAUCAACAGUAAAGCCGAGGUUAUAACCCUAACAGCUGAUACCUUCAAUGACAAGGUGAACGAGAAAGACACUGCUUGGUUUGUGCAAUUUUGUGUUCCUUGGUGUAAGCACUGUAAAAACCUCGGGACGCUGUGGGAGGAUCUGGGGAAAGCAAUGGAAGGAGAAGACGAGAUAGAGAUUGGACAAGUUGACUGUGGUACGAACAAAGAGAUAUGCAAUAAAGUUGACAUUCAUUCAUAUCCCACAUUCAAGCUCUUCUACAAUGGAGAGGAAGCUGCAAAAUAUAAAGAAAUGUUUUCAACGAAGUUCAGGGCUGGCAUUGGUGGGGGUCAUCUAUCAUCAAUUGGUUUUUUGUUCGAUCUUCUGAAAAUUCUUUGGGAAAUUUGCUCCUAGUCAGGUUAUCAGCUUCUAAUUGCUUCAUGUCACUUUAAAAUUCCCAAAUUUGUUUGUUUAUGCUUUCUAUGCAACAUAACGACAUGUGGACUAAGAGAUCAAGUGUCACAUAUCAUCCUGACAUUUAAAGUCAAGUCAGCUUGUUUUCAAGCGGUGACACAUGUAUGGGCUCCUAUAAUCUUUCUACAACAAGCUAAGUUCAUUUUAUCUGAUGCAUUUUCCCCCAGUUAUGGAAUUGGAGUUGUUUGUUCUAUUCUUUGUUGUUAAUUUCUUCUGGGGCAAAAGACGUAAUUCACGGUGGCUGAAAUUAAAACUGAUUUGCUA